CCCCUCUGUCUCGCCAGCCUACCUGCCAUUCCGGAAUGACCCUGCUAUGGCCAAGCUCUGGUUCAAAUUCCAGCGGUACUUCCGCCGGAAACCCGUGCGCUUCUUCACCUUCCUGGCUCUCUACCUGACAGCCGGGAGCCUCGUUUUCCUGCACUCUGGUUUCGGGGGCCAGCCUGCCGCAGUCUCACAGAGCCAGCCCAGCCCCGCGGCGGGGGGCCCGGGGGAGGGCGCUGCCGAACUGCCCUUCUUGGGGGACUUGCAUCUGGCCAGAGGUUUUCGGGAUGUGGGCGACGCUUCGAGCAUCGCCCGCAGGUACGGACCCCCGUUCAAGAGCAAGGACGCCAACGAGAGAGCCAAGCUGGGCGACUACGGCGGCGCCUGGAGCCGGGCCCUCAAGGGAAGAGCGGUCCGGGAGAAGGAGGAAGAGCGAGCCAAGUACAUGGGCUGCUACCUGGAUGACACCCAGAGCCGGGCCCUGCGAGGUGUGUCCUUUUUCGACUACAAGAAGAUGACCGUCUUCCGUUGCCAGGACAACUGUGCAGAACGGGGCUACCUGUAUGCUGGGCUGGAGUUCGGCGCCGAGUGCUACUGCGGCCACAAGAUCCAGGCGGCAAACGUGAGCGAGGCGGAGUGCGACAUGGGUUGCAAGGGCGAGCCGGGCAGCGUGUGCGGUGGCGCCAACCGCCUGUCCGUCUACCGGCUGCAGCUGGCCCGGGAGUCGGCCCGCAGGUACGGCAGUGCGGUGUUCCGGGGCUGUUUCCGCAGGCCUGACAACCUCUCCCUGGCUUUACCUGUGACUGUGGCCAUGUCCAACAUGUCGGUGGACAAGUGCGUGGAUCUCUGCACGGAGAAGGAGUUUCCCCUGGCGGCUCUGGCGGGCACCGCCUGCCACUGUGGGUUUCCCACCACGCGGUUCCCCCUGCACGAGAGAGAGGAUGAGCAGCUGUGUGCGCAGCGGUGCGGCGCCGAGGAGUUUGAGAGCUGCGGGACGCCCAGCUACUUCAUCGUGUACCAGACCCAGGUCCAAGACAACCGGUGCAUGGACAGAAGAUUCCUGCCCGCCAAAUCCAAGCAGCUCAUCGCUCUGGCCAGCUUCCCGGGUGCGGGCAACACGUGGGCCCGCCACCUCAUCGAGCUGGCCACCGGCUUCUACACCGGCAGCUACUACUUCGACGGCUCCUUAUACAAUAAAGGGUUCAAAGGUGAGCGGGACCACUGGCGGAGCGGGCGGACCAUCUGUAUCAAGACGCACGAGAGCGGCCAGAAGGAGAUCGAGGCCUUCGACGCGGCCAUCCUGCUCAUCCGCAACCCCUACAAGGCGCUCAUGGCCGAGUUCAACCGCAAGUACGGCGGCCACAUUGGCUUCGCCGCGCACGCGCACUGGAAGGGCAAAGAGUGGCCGGAGUUCGUGCGCAACUACGCGCCGUGGUGGGCCACGCACACGCUGGACUGGCUCAAGUUCGGCCGCAGGGUGCUGGUGGUGCACUUCGAGGACCUGAAGCGGGACCUGUUCGCGCAGCUGGGCCGCAUGGUGCGGCUGCUGGGCGUGGCGGCGCGCGAGGACCGGCUGCUGUGCGUGGAGAGCCAGAAGGACGGCAACUUCAAGCGCUCGGGGCUGCGCAAGCUCGAGUUCGACCCCUACACCGCCGACAUGCACCGCACCAUCGCCGCCUACAUCAAGAUGGUGGACGCCGCGCUGCGGGGCCGCAACCUCACCGGGGUGCCGGACGACUACUGCCCGAGAUGACGGCCCGGCCCGGGGGGACGCGGGGGGCCCC